AUGGACGUGCGUGACAUCAUUGAGUCGACGGCGGACAUCAGGCUGGAGGACGAAGAGGAGGGUGUGCGCUUCGAAGACGUGGCGUACGGGACUGCUGCGGUACCUCCGGUGCGGAAUACGUGGACGUUGGUGGGGAAAUUUCUCACCGACCGGAUCAUGAAGGUUGAGAUAAUGAAGAGGGUGAUGGCCUCGGCUUGGCGCCCUCUUAUGGGAAUAGAGAUAACAGAUGUACUCCCAAAUCUGUAUCUCUUUACGUUUUUUGAUGAAGCUGACAUGCGCCGGGUGUUAGAGGAGGGGCCAUGGGCGUUUGAGAACACGACGUUUGUGUGUCAAGUUUUGGAUGACAGAGUUGAUCCAACGCAGGUGGUGUUAAACACAGUGGAUUUCUGGCUGCAAGUUUAUGAUAUCCCACUAGGAUAUCGAACGGUGAAAGUGCUUGAAAGGAUUGGGGAUUUUGCGGGGGUGUUUUUGCGGUAUGAUGAACGAAAUUUUGAGAGACCAUGGACUUCAUACUACCGGGUACGUAUUACGCAUGAUGUCACUGUGCCUUUGAAACGCCGAAUGAAGAUGAUAAUGCGGGAUGGGACCUGGACAUGGGUAAACUUCAAGUAUGAACGCUUACAUAUGUUUUGUUUCUUUUGUGGUAUAAUGGGACAUACGGAUAAGUUUUGCUUAGCUGCUAGGCGUUCAUCAUUAUCCCCGGAGCAAUAUGUCUAUGGUGCGGCAAUGAGGGCAGGAGGGAGUAGUCCGGCUAAAGUAAUGGGGGAUAAAUGGUUUAGGUUAGGGCAAGAAAGGAGGAAAGAAAUUGGUUUUGGUGUGGGUGGUUUUGGGUAG